CCAGGCCGGUUGUGUUCUUCCCUGCCGCAGCCAUGAAGUGGAUGUUCAAGGAGGACAACUCACUGGAACACAGAUGCGUGGAGUUGGCCAAGAUCCGAGCCAAGUACCCCGACUGGGUUCUGUUGAUUGUGGAGAAGGUGUCAGGCUCUCAGAUUGUGGACAUGGACAAAUGGAAGUAUCUGAUCCCAUUUGACAUCACUGUGGCUCAGUUCAUGUGGAUCAUCAGGAAAAGGAUCCAGCUUCCAUCGGAAAAAGCCAUCUUCCUGUUUGUGGAUAAGACGGUCCCACAGUCCAGCCUAAUGAUGGGACAGUUCUAUGAGAAGGAGAAACACAAGGACGGAUUCUUGUACGUAGCCUACAGCAGGGAGAACACCUUCGGCUUCUGAGGGCCGUGCUGGGCCACG